GUGAGUGCGGAGUGCGAGAGGGCUCGCUGCCAACAUGUCCGGGGGCGUGGGCGCUGCCCAGCUUUGCCUACUUGCUUUGGCUUUGCCUCUGUUCCCGCCGUUGGCUGCGCGCAUGAAAGGAUGGGCCAGAAGAGGAAGAGAGGAAGGUAGCCCACAGCUGCAGCAUGAAACGAUAAUACCUCAGUGGAAGACGACAGAAAACUUCAUGAGAGAAAAGCACCCUCGUAAGGCUGAGCUCAGAGUGAUGGCGGAGGGCCGAGAACUGCUCCUGGACCUGGAGAAGAAUGAGGACCUGUUUGCUUCAACCUACACGGAAACCCACUAUACCCCAAGUGGAAGCCCUCAAACUACCAGGCUGAAGUCUGAGGACCACUGCUUUUACCACGGGACAGUGAGGAAGGCGGAAGCAUCCAGUGUCACGCUCAGCUCCUGCCGAGGGAUUAGAGGACUGAUUACAGUGAACAGAAACCUCAGCUACAUCAUUGAGCCCCUCCCUGACAGCGAGGAGUGGCACCUUAUUUACAGAUCCGAACAUCUCAAGCUGCCCUCAGGGAACUGUGGUUUCCAGCACUCCAUGCCCACUGCCAGAGACUGGAUCCUUCCGUUUACAAACCAGACCAAGAAGCAACCACCACGCAGGAUGAAAAGGGAAGAUUUACACUCCACCAAGUAUGUGGAACUUUACCUGGUGGCGGAUUUUGCAGAGUUUCAGAAGAACCGACUAGACCAGGAAGCCACCAAACACAAACUCAUAGAGAUCGCCAAUUAUGUUGAUAAGUUCUACCGUUCCUUCAACAUCCGGAUUGCCCUCGUAGGCUUGGAAGUAUGGACUCAUGGAAACAUGUGUGAAGUUUCCGGGAAUCCAUAUUCCACCCUCUGGUCAUUUCUGAGCUGGAGACGCAAGCUGCUCACCCAGAAGAAACAUGACAACGCCCAGUUAAUCACGGGCGUGCCCUUCCACGGCACCACCAUCGGGCUGGCCCCGCUCCUGGCCAUGUGCUCUGUGUACCAGUCAGGAGGCGUCAACAUGGAUCACUCUGAGAAUGCCAUUGGAGUGGCUGCCACCGUGGCCCACGAGAUGGGCCACAACUUUGGCAUGAGCCACGACACUGCGGAGUGCUGCUCAACCAGUGCAGCUGACGGUGGGUGCAUCAUGGCUGCUGCCACCGGGCACCCCUUUCCCAGGGUGUUCAAUUGGUGCAACAGGAAGGAGUUGGAAAGGUAUCUGCAGUCAGGUGGUGGGAUGUGUCUGUCCAACAUGCCGGACACCAGGACGCUGUAUGGAGGUCGGAGGUGUGGAAAUGGCUACCUGGAAGAAGGGGAAGAAUGCGACUGUGGGGAGGAGGAGGAAUGUAAUAACCCCUGCUGCAAUGCUUCCAACUGCACCCUGAGGGAAGGGGCGGAGUGUGCCCAUGGCUCUUGCUGUCACCAGUGUAAGCUGGUGGCCCCUGGUACCUUGUGUCGAGAGCAGGCACGGCAGUGCGACCUCCCAGAGUUCUGCACGGGCAAAUCUCCCCACUGCCCCACCAACUUCUACCAGAUGGACGGUACACCCUGUGAGGACGGCCAGGCCUACUGCUACAAUGGCAUGUGCCUCACCUACCAUGGGCAGUGCCAGCAGCUGUGGGGCCCUGGAGCCCGGCCUGCCCCUGACCUCUGCUUCGAGAAGGUGAAUGUGGCAGGAGAUACUUUUGGAAACUGUGGGAAGGACAGGAAUGGUGAACACAAGAAGUGCAACCUGAGAGAUGCCAAGUGUGGCAAGAUUCAGUGCCAGAGUCCUGAGGCCCGGCCCUUGGAGUCCAAUGCAGUGUCCAUUGACACCACCAUCAUUAUCAACGGGAGGCAGAUUCAAUGCCGGGGCACCCACGUCUACCGAAGUCCCGAGGAGGAGGGUGACAUGCUGGACCCGGGCCUGGUGAUGACUGGGACCAAGUGCGGCAACAACCACAUUUGCUUUGAGGGGCAGUGCAGGAACACCUCCUUCUUUGAAACCGAAGGCUGCGGGAAGAAGUGCAAUGGUCAUGGGGUCUGCAACAACAACCAGAACUGCCACUGUUUUCCUGGCUGGUCCCCGCCCUUCUGCGACACCCCAGGCGUCGGGGGGAGCAUCGACAGUGGGCCCAUGCCCCCCAAGGGUGUUGGCUCUGUGGUAGCGGGAGUGUUGGCAGCCAGCUUAGUGCUGGUGUUCCUGAUCCUGAUGUACUGCUGCUGCAAACAGAAAAACAAGCUGGGGCAACUCAAGCUGUCAGCCCUGCCAUUCAAGUUGAGACAACACUUCAGUUGCCCCUUCAGGGUGUCUCAGAGCAGCGGAAGUGGUCAUGCCAACCCAACCUUCAAGUUGCAGACCCCCCAGAGUAAGCGAAAGGUGACCUACACCCCUGAGACCCCGAGGCAAGCCCUCCAGCCUCCUCCGCGGCCUCCUCCAGACUACCUGCUGGGGGGGUCCCCCCCUGCAUCCCUGCCGGCAUACCUCAGCAAGACUGUUAGAAACAGCCCAGGAGCCAGGCCUCAAAUCGAGAGGAAGGAGUCAUCUCGGAGGCUUCCCCCGAGCCGGCCAGCACCUCCCGCACCCAAUCACAUCCUCUCCCAGGCUCUCGCUCGACCCCAGCCGCCCCAGAAGGCCCUGCCAGCUAACCCGGUGCCAGGCCGCAAGGCCUUCCCAAAGCAAGGCGGUACCUCCAUUCUGCUACCCUCCACGGCUGACCGUCAGCUGCUCAGGCCGCUGGCAGCACCGCCCCCAAAGUUUCCUGAAUACAGGUCACAGAUGGUCGGGGGAAUGACUCGCUCCAAAGUCUAGACCUGGGCAGGGGCUUUCCCCCUUCUCUUGAGCAGUCCCCAGGGCCCAUGGCAUCUGGAAGAAGCCUGUCCAGCGUCCCUGCUCUCCUCCUCCCUCCUCCUGGAACCACCCCUCUCUGAAAAUCUCCUGGAUUCAGCACCUCCCAAAGCCCCGCGGGACCACUGCCGACAGAAUCGAAGGGUGGUUUUGUGCAAUAUACCGUUCCGGGUAGAAAGGGGGACGCACAGGGCAACGAAUGGUAGUCUCCCUUCAGCUGUCCCCUCGACCCAGAGGUGAUGUGUCCAGGAUGUUCCUUGGAGAAACCUGUUCCCAUGGGGAGGGCUUCCAUGAGAGCUUUCUGUCGCUUCUGGCUUCCUGAAGGUCUCAGGCUGGACACAUGUCCACUCCAAGAAUGGAGGAAGGGGUCAGAGCAGCCACUGCCAGGGCCCUACUCAGGUCUUGCUGGAUGAUCUGAGGCAACUGCUUCUGGCUGCACGUGGACAGUCCACUCCCCAAAUCCCUACCCCCACCCCCCCUUCCGCCUUCCCUAUAUCCACACGGGUCACUCUGACUCAGACAGGUACUGUUUGUAAGGCGAUGCAGACAGCAGGGGGAGCACCAGGCUUGGGCCUCCUCUGAGCCAUAAUGCCAAAGGUCGCGACUGUAAUUCUCGUUGGCUCUGUGAUUUACUUCCAUAUCAAGUGCUCCGUGCUUUUGAUUUCUUCCUUGUUCGCUAGACCGCUCUGAUGUGCGCUGCUUUAGGGAAGGGACCCUCAGCCAUCCUAACUUACCGGUGGCCUGGUGCUGGUGACCUCAAAGGGUCCUGCCUCAAGGCUUGGCCACCUGGAUGUCCUGCGUUGGAUCCUGAGAUGAUUUGACCUGCCUAGACUGAAGCAUGGAGUUAGAGCUUUCUUCUUCCUUGUGUCUUGUGACCUCAGUGGGUAUGGGUCUUUCUCCCUACUCUUGAGCCUAACUCUAGGCAGAGCCCACCAAGAAAGACAGCGGUGUAGUAAAGAGAGCAGAUGUCCUAGGAACCCCACCUAUGAGAAGUCUCCCUGGUGGUCUGUUCACUGCCUGGAGGAGGGACUGGUGCCUGGGAGGAGAGAGCAGAAGGCAAGGGGUUGGGGGCGUUGGGGAGUCCUGAGGAGAAAAAACAGGAGUCAACAUGGCCUCUGUCUUUUCUAACAGAGCCUGACAAGGACUACCUCCUGCCCCCGCCCUUUCUCCCUUUCCCUCUUCCUUCUUCCCACUGUGAAAUGAGCCUCACAGACAGGUCAGUGGAGCCGGGAAGGAAGGUGGGUGUGUUGUAGGGGUUCUGCUGGGUAGAACAAUUUCCACAAAGUAGCUGGGGGUGACAUUCCUUCACUGAGCAACUCUUCCCUUCUCCAACGGGGCUGAGGGCAGCUGCCUGAGAGCGUUCAGGAAACUCUUCACUUGCACGGAGUUAGGCAACUCCUUGCUCUGGGGAACGUCAGCGCAGGGGAGAAAUUGAGCCUUCAGCUCCCUGGGCCCCACCCCUGGGCCUCUUUACCAUUCUCUGUGUACAAGCGGUGCUUCUUCGGGUUCUUGUGUUCACAGACAAGUGGGCCUAUGAGACAUGCCCCUGGGGACACACAUGAGGUACAUGAGAUAGAUACCAGGCAGAGAGUUUCUCUGGAGACUUCCAUGUGCUCCUCUCUCCCUGCCAAGGGCUGCGCCCUUCUCUCUGGACCCUACUUGCCCCAUCUUUGCUGCCAGAUGAAGUCGAGGCACAGCCUCCCAUGUAAACAGCCUCCCCAGAUGCCUCCAGGCUGGGGCCAAAGGCCUGUGGGUCCUUCUCCCCCUGCUCAGGGAUGGCCACUCUGCCGUGAACGGGGAACCACCGCCGUGUGACUGCCAAGCUUUUGAAACCCAAAAUCCUCUCUCCCGGAGCCACACAAAAGAGAGACCAGAGUUGGCUUUUUGUUGUCUUCACACACCUUCAUUCCAUAAAAUUGUAAUGUGAACUGGAAGAUGGUAGGGUUUUUAAAAAAUCUUUUUCAGUUUGAUUGAGAUGGGAAUUUUGACAUGCAGUUCUACUUGCAUGUCGUGUCCCUCCUGGCUUCACCCAGGAAGCUGAGAACGGACAGUGUGGCGAUUUUUACAUGAGUUUCCUGAGAGGGAGACCAGCUGUUCAAUCACACUCCUCCUUUCCCUCUUGUGCCCACCGGGCUUUACUUGACGUGUCAAAUAAAACCAUUCCGACUUGGUGAAAAGGAGGCUUUAUCAGAAAAUGUUAUGACAUGCAGGAGAAAGGGAAUAUUAUAAUAGGGGUCGUCAGGGAGGCAGUUGCCAUAGGGAGGCCCCUCACAUCACAAGAUCUGCAAACCUCUCAACGCUCAGGCAGAAAAUGGAUUUUCGUUCAUAGGCAGGUAGCAAGCCUAGAGACAGCUAGAGACAGGGAAUUUCUUGUGCUCAGAAUUUGGUGAGGGGUGGGAUGGUGGUGAGGCGGGUGCUAUUGAAGAUCGUGUGGAACAAUUUCACACAGACACACAGGGGGUCACUAUGAGUCAGAAUUGACCCAAAUGCUAUUGACUUUUUAAGGGGUCCCUGGGGCUCUGGAGGUGUUGUGGUUACAUGCCUGGCUACUAACUGUAAGGUCGGCAGCUCAAAACCACCAGCCACUCCUCCGGAGAAAGAUGGGGCUUUCUACUCCCAUAAGCAGUCUCAGAAUCUCCCAGAGGCAGCUCUACUCUGUCCCAAAAGGUCGCUGAGAGUCGGCAUCCACCCAAUGACUAUGAGUUGGGUUUUGGUGACUUAGUGUGAUAUGCGUUGGGCUGCUAACUGCAAGGUCAGCACGUUGAACCCAAGAUGAGGCUGUCUGAUCCAGUAAAGGGUUACAG